AUGAACAGAUUCAUUAGAAAGGACCUGCUUGGGUACGGAACAUACUCGAUGGUGUACGAGGGGUACGAUGUAGAGAAAAAUAGCAAGGUGGCGCUGAAGAUAAUAAAACUAUCGGAGGAGGAGGGGAUGCCGAACACUGCCCUUAGAGAGAUAUCCAUAAUGAAAAGCCUGCUCCACAGAAAUAUCUUAUCUGUUCUGGAUGUUUUGCACACGGAGAUGGAGCUGACUAUAGUGCUUGCGUAUGUGGAGACAGACCUUAAAAAGCUUCUUGGAGGAAGCGUGCAGAUAGACAGGCUCUCCCUGAUCAAGCAGCUGGUGGAGGGCGUGGCAUAUUUGCACAGCAAGCAGGUCGUGCACAGGGACCUGAAGCCGCAAAACAUUCUGGUGGAUGCUGCAGGGUGCUUGAAGAUAGCGGACUUUGGGCUGGCGCGCAGCUUCGAGAUAAAGAUGCCAGCGUACUCCUCGGAGGUCGUUACGCUCUGGUAUAGAUCGCCAGAGCUUCUGAAGGGGGCGAAAGUCUACGGGUACGCAGUGGACAUCUGGAGCGUGGGGUGCAUCAUCAGCGAAAUACUGACGGGUUCGCCCCUUUUCCCGGGAACGGACAAGCAGGACCAGCUGAUGAAGGUCUCGAAGUACCUGGGGAUACAGGCAACAAACCAGAUGGAGUACCUCCUGAAGAAGCACGCAAGCCACGACCCUGCACUCUCGGGCCUUGUUUUUGAGUGCUUGAAAGAGGCGCCGGAAAAGAGGCUGACCGCACAGGAGGUGCUGAAGUACAUGAAUAGAAUGCAAUAA